AUGUUCAUGUUUGUUGGCGCCAUAAUGUUGGAUGAAACAGGAAUGUCAAAUGAAAGACGUGGCAUCAAGGCAGGGCUGAUGCUGGUGCCACUUUUUGGCAUUCAGCUCUUCUUCACCAUCUACUCGCCUAACCUCUCAUCUACCUGGUUCAACUUCAUCCACACCUUCCAGAUCAUUGUCACAAAUUCACAGAUGAUCGUGCACAUAAAAAGAGAGUUGUUAGGGCGUUUGGGCCAACCCAGUAAAAGUAGAGCCGUAGUUACCAACUUCACUCACGGAACCAGCAUCGACGACAUGAAUCAUGAUAACGAUGACAACAACAACAAUAAUAAUAAUAAUAACAGUAAAUAUAAUAAUAAUAAAAUUUACAAUAAUAAUAAUAAUAAUAAUAAUAAUAAAAUCAAUAUCAAACGUGAGGAGCUGAUCCCUAUGAAUAGCAUUCCGAAGAGUAGCAGUAAAAAUAGUAAUAAUAGUAAUAAAAAUAACAAUAAUAGUAAUAAUAAUAAUUAUGAUGAUAAUGAUAAAGAGCUUUUAUGA